ACCUGAGACCUCACAACUGCCUGGAGGACUGUGGAUUACGCUUCAGCCGUUAAAGCCAGCAAUCACAAAAGGCCUGUGCGCCUACAAAAAGACCCAGUUCGUUAACAAGAACAAGUUAAAACAUUUUCUUUUUAUGGCAGCGGGAGUAGGACUGGCCAUGAAUCCGCCGCACAUGACAGAGGAAAGGGCGGUUUUCACGCAGCUGAAGCCCGUGAGGAUGUCGGGAGCGGACGGCGCUGAAGACACGUCCGUCUUUGAGGACAUCAAGCCCCCGAUUCAGCUGGACCUGGACAAGUACCUUCCCCUGGUCAACAGCCCCCUCCUGACCGCCUCCACCGACACCGACAAGAAGUACAGACGAGACAGCGCGUCCGUGGUGGACGAGUACUUCUCGGAGGACAAGCCUACGGCCCCAUACAGCCUCAACAUCAACCUCAUCCUUCCCAACACCACCCACCUCCGCACCGGCCUCUACAGGCCCAGUAACCCCAAAACCCUGACGCCGCAGCAGAUCAAAACGGAACCGGGCCUGGAGGUGCCCUGCUCCAUCCCAGCAGCCGCCACCCAGGCUCUGCCGGACUUCACCUCGGUCUUCAGCGUGCCGCCCGUGGUCAACAAUGUUUUCAUCAAGCCGGACCUGAGCUCCGGCGCAGGCGUCAGCGUCUCGGCGGCGGCCCAGCAGCAGCAGCAGCAGCAGCAGCAGCAGCAGGCUCAUUUAGACACGGAGCUGCAGAUUGGACCCCCGCCGCCCCAGCCGCAGGUCUAUCACAUGCCCAUCACCAGCUCAGACCUCACCAUGUCCCACGCCGGCACGGCGGCGCAGGGCUCCGCCGGCGGCAGAACCAUGCUGAACCUCGGCACCGCCACUUUGCCCACGAGCAACGGCAGCUACAUGAUGCACGCGGAGCACCAGCUACAGCAGCAGCAGCACCACCACCACCACGGCUACUACCAGGCCUCCGCAAACAUCUCAUCCCAGCCCACAGCGCCCCACAGCCUGCCGCCCUCGCCCCCAAACUCCCAGCCGGGCAGCCCGGACGGCCAGCCGGAGCUGCUCAGCCUGGGGACGCAGCCCCCGCCUCCGUACCAGCAGCGCCUGGAAGGGAUGAAGGUGACGGGACUCUCCGCCCACGCACUUCUAAUGACACACGGCCAGGGCGUCCUGACGGGCCCCAAAUACAACCGGCGGAACAAUCCGGAGCUGGAGAAGAGGAGAAUCCACUUCUGUGACUAUCCAGGUUGCACCAAAGUUUACACAAAGAGUUCCCAUCUAAAGGCACACCAGAGGACACACACAGGUGAGAAACCGUACCGCUGCACGUGGGAGAACUGCGACUGGCGCUUCGCCCGAUCAGACGAGCUCACCCGGCACUACCGCAAGCACACCGGGGCCAAACCCUUCAAGUGCGUGGCCUGCAGCCGCUGCUUCUCGCGCUCGGACCACCUGGCUCUGCACAUGAAGCGCCACCAGAACUAGCACCCACCUGCUCAUGGAUCAAAACCAAAAACAGUCAAGCGCAUGUAGAGAGCGGCAUGCGUGCAUAACGGCUCCCUCUUUGGGCUCUGGUACCUCAGCCGGUGGGUUGUGAAACAUUACCCUAAAAACACAGACACUCCAAAGAACACCUGUAGGUGUACCAAAGGACCUAUCAUUGAGUAUCUGAGGUGAACUGAUUUUUAGCGUAUAGGUUAAUCACUUUAUAGAUCGGUCUCCACUAAACAUCACUUUCAGGUUUCAAGAAUAGACUCCAAACUCUUGAUUAUCUUGGAAAAUUGAAAUUUUUUUUGUCUUCCAAGCUCUCUGAGGUAUGAACUUUCAACGAGAUAUCAUGUCCUGCCUGUGUACAUACUUGUGCAUAUGUCCGUGUCUGUGCGUGUUUUUAUUUUUUUUAUUUUUUUUUGAGAAUACAGCGAAUGUAUUGAGAUUGAUACUUGACUACUUUUGUUUUUACGCUCCACCUGAUCCUGCGUGAUAUUCCAUGUCGUGACUUCCUUGUGAUGAAAAAUCUCCAGCCGAAGGCCUGAAAAGGGAGCAAAGAGAGGCAAAAAGAAAUAAAACAAAAGA